AUGACUAUCAGAAGCAACCAAAUUCCUGUUCUUCCCCGCCCAACAUGGCUGGACAAAGCCGGAAUGGGCAAGGGAGUCGAUCAUGACUGUCAACAUCUCGGCAUUAUCCUCGCCGCCGGCCAAACCAUCAAGGCUCGUCAGACCAACAGCGCGUUCAAAGGGAACGUAAUCCUCCGGCUUCUAAACGAUGGCCGGAAGACUGAGACAUCCAAAAAGAUAAACUCGAGCUGGGUCAGCGUCAGCAUCAACGCCGUGUCUGUUCCGUUCAUCGAUACCCCGUAUUACAACAAACCCGAGGACAAAGUGGAGCCAGGGGACGAUGAAAGCGCUCUCUUUUCACAAUGGGAUAAAACCAAUGCCGAUUUCGCGUUCAUUGAUUCUCGCUAUACAAUGGUCCUCAUUCCCGCUCGAGAUCAAGAUGCCCUAAAGCAUCCGCAAGGAGUGGACAACAUUGACGGGCUGAUCGCAUAUUACGAUUCAGUGUUCUCUUUCGAUAACUCGCUGGCCGACCUCUCCUUCGAGCCGGAAUAUGACUCCGACCUGAAUAUCCCAAACCGAUACUUCAUGAAGGCAGAUGUCAAUGGUGCCGGGGCGGCGUAUUAUGGCCAGGACUUUACAGCUGCAUCUGAAAAAUCCAUCAAGAGUUGGUGGCUGGAUCCGCUCGCCACGAAUUGGGGAAACCUUCAUGAGAUUGCCUACGGGUACCAGGCGUCCUUCAGUCUUGGAGAUGAUAUCUUCAGUACCAUAUUGGUGGAUCAGGUCAACAGCGUACUCGGAAUAGCCGUGACUCGAGAGAAUCCUCACUCCUACUUCGGAGACCAAACCUACGCGGGAGUCAUCAUCAAGGACACAUCAGGCAAUGAGAAGUUCCACGCUACCUUUCCCGGGACUGGGGCAAAACCGAGAAACGACAAGAUCUCGUUCGUUCCAGGCUACACCCUCGUGGUUUUUCACGAAGAGCCUAAAAAUCGUGUGCAGCUCAGCCCGACGUUCAAUGGGGUAAUCGACACACAGACAAAGACAAAUACAUUCGAGAUCACCAUGACUGGUCUGAAAAGCCUGUCUCUGAAGAACGACCCCACAAAAGCACUUUUGGCUCGGAUCGAAGCGGCCGUGACAGAGCUGCGCAGUCGUACAUCCAUGUUACGUGCAGAAUGUCCUCCCAAAGUAGACAUUUGGCUAGCCAUCAGCCUGUUUUCCGGAUCCCAGCGUGACGAUCUGCUAAAACAAAGCGCCGGCUGUCUCCCGUCAGACAAUGCACCUCCCACUGAAGGCCUGGGAACCUCUUUCACAGUCACCUUUCAAGGAAUUGGGGACCAUGUCUUCUUGACGGCCGAUGUAGACCUAAUCGGCAGGAGGCUUAAGGUCCGCCUGGAGGCCGGCGUAGCAAACCACUACUUCAGUGACACGUAUGCAUAUGCAUCGUUGAAGUACAUUGAUAACUACGGGAGUGAGCUUUUGAAUUUGGAUGUUAAGGGCAAUAAGGACCAAAAGGCCCAGGACUGGUUCCCAUUUCAGGUUGGGGCGACGGGGUGCUGA